AGUCCAUCAGUCUUUGAUCCCAGGUUUUGGAAAACGGCAGCUGCUGACUGACUGCUCCCUCCUACCACGCUGAACAAACGCUAUAUUCAUCUGCACUAGUCUGCAGCCUGGACUCCCCCUAAGGAACUUCUGGGUACUUUUUCCUCGCAGUGGAACGUGCGUACACAAGAUUACUUGCGCCAAUGCAUAACGCAAACAGGCACACUGCCUGGUCCUUUAAGCCAACAAUGUGGAAGAUCUGCAGCGUCUAUUGUGCAUGGGGUUUGCUGCUACUGACCGGGAUCCGCGCUCAAUCUCAAAGAAGACAGGUCUUUACAUGUGGUGGGAACAUAACGGGAGAGUCCGGUAUAAUCGGUAGCCAGGGGUAUCCGGGAGUCUACCCACCGAAUACAAAAUGUGUCUGGAGAAUUACUGUCCCUGAGGGCAAAGUGGUUGUCUUCUCCUUCCGCUUCAUCGACCUGGAGAAUGACAACCUGUGUCGCUACGACUAUGUGGAUGUCUACAGCGGGCAUGCCAACGGACAGCGCCUUGGACGCUUCUGUGGGACUUUCAGACCUGGGGCGCUCGUCUCCACGGGCAACAAGAUGCUCGUCCAGAUGGUGUCUGAUGCAAACACCGCUGGGAGUGGCUUCCUGGCAGUUUACUCCGCCGCACACCCACAUGAGCGAGGAGACCAGUACUGUGGGGGUCGACUGGUGAAACCAUCCGGAACCUUUAAGACUCCAAAUUGGCCAGAAAAGGACUAUCCAGCUGGAGUCACUUGCUCAUGGCAUAUUGUGGCACCUAAAAACCAGAUCAUUGAGGUGAAGUUUGAGAAGUUUGAUUUGGAGAGGGACAACUACUGCCGCUAUGACUACGUGGCAAUCUUCAAUGGCGGAGAGAUCAACGAUGCAAAAAGGAUCGGUAAAUACUGUGGCGAUAGCCCUCCUGCUCCGGUGUACUCAGACGGGAAUCAGCUGCUCAUUCAGUUCCUAUCAGACCUGAGUUUGACCGCAGAUGGAUUUAUUGGCCACUAUAAGUUUAGGCCCAAGAAGUUUCUCACCACCACUCUGCCACCAAUCACCACUACACAGCCUACUACAACAAGACCAAUACCUUUGAAGUACUCUGCAGCGCUCUGUCAGCAGAAAUGCAAGAGGAAGGGAACCCCUGAAAGCCAUUACUGUUCCAGCAAUUUUGUUGUCACGGGAACAGUCAUCACUGCGGCAACACGUGGGGGGAGUAUGUACGCCACCAUUUCCAUCAUCAACGUCUACAAAGAGGGCAACCUGGCCAUUCAGCAGGCCGGCCGAACCAUGAGCACCAAGGUGGUCAUCCUGUGUAAGAGGUGCCCAUUUGUCAAACGAGGCUUGAGCUACAUCUUCAUGGGCGAGGUGGACGACGAUGGCCGCGGCAAGAUCGCCCCGCACCACUUCGUCAUGGCCUUUAAAGCCAAGAACCAGCGGGCCUUCAACGCGCUGAAGACCAAACGUUGCUGAGGAUGACCGUCGGUUCCCCCUCUGCCUCUUCCCUGGUCCUCACCCCCCACACACACACACACCAACCUGCACGGCUCACGCCGACUGAUAGUUCUCCAGCAUGUCAAAGCUCCCACCUACUGCUCUUCAUGGGAGGCGGAGAACUGUUUCCAAGCCCUCUGGAUGGAAUCAGAGCUUUCAUUUCACCUGUCUGUUGUUGUUUGACUCUAUCCUGCCACCCCUUGUAUUGCUUGUUGGGCUUUUGAAGAGCCAGCAGGACCCGUGGUCUAAAAUAGGAUGUUCAAAGAGGACAAGAGAAAGACUGAUGAUGGGGGAGGAUCUUCUGGGAGGAACAAGUGAGAUGUGGGUAUAGUCUUAUGCUGACACACUGUUUACAAGAUACUCUUGGUUUGUUGAGUUCAUUGAGGAUGGGGAGCAUCUAAUGUGGUGACACAAGUGCAAUAACUUUGUAGCAUCCUUUUGCAACGAUAUGGCAUCAUGCAAGAAUAAUGUUUGAUUCUGUUGUUAGUUGCCUGAAUCUUUAAUCAUGAAUGAAAAAGCACUCUCUAUUUUUUUUGACCAGCUUGUUUUUUCCCUCCAUCAAAAAUGAAAAUGUUUAUGGACCCUUUCAAGAGAGUUCCAUUAUCAGCAUCAUAGUUGGCCCCACAAGACUUCCUUUUUAACAUUCCAUAUGUUAUCUUAAUGCAGGAGGAAGUAGAUCGGGGCCCAAAUAGAACGUUCAAGCAUUGUUUUUGUUUUUAUUGAUGAAAGGGUCUAUAACGACAGUGCCAAUAUGAAAUAAGCAAAAUGAGAUAUUUUCAUAUGAAACAGUUCUUAGUCACAUGUUAAUUUAUAUUUAAUUGUUUUGUGAGAGAAUAAUAAAAGUCAUGAUCGAA